AUGAAUAAUACAACUAUGAGCAGCUCUAUUAGUAGCAGCGAUGCAUCUACUAUCUCACUUAUCAAUGUUUUAAACAGAGCAAUCUCACAAUUCGGUUUUGGUUUUAUUUUUAUCCUUGGAAAUGUUGGAUCAAUUCUCAUGUGUAUCGUUUUCACCCAACCAACGUAUCGCAAUAGUCCGUGUGCCAUGUUUUUUCUCUCUGCAAGUGUUUCUCAAUUUUUCACAUAUAAUUUCGCAUUAUUCACUCGUAUGCUUCACUUUGGAUACGCUAUUCUCACUCUUAAUAGCAAUCUUUGGUAUUGUAAACUCCGUUUUUAUCUUUUUUACAUUUUCGUGGCUGUUCCUCGUUAUUAUAUCAUCUUGGCAUCGAUUGACCGAUACUUUGCCAGUUCGGACAUCGCACUUCGACGACGAUGGAGUUCGCAAAAAAUCGCUUUGCGACUCAUUUUUGCCAACGUCAUCUUCUGGUCCGUAAUUUAUACCCAAAUCAUCGUGUUUUAUGAGAUCGGAAGCGGCAUAUGUACGUUUCGAUCAGGUCAUUACGCAAUAUUCUUUACUAUUUAUAUUGCAUUUGACAGCGGCGUUCUUCCGAUACUUCUAAUGCUGAUCUUCGGCUUAUUAACUGUACGGAAUGUUCGGCAGACCAAAGCGCGUAUCAGUACUAAUGUGGGACAAAGUUCACGAAUGUCGAAGAAAGAUGUUCAAUUGCAUCGAAUGUUAGCGAAUCAAAUUAUUCUCUUCGUCAUUCUGAAUAUGCCCAAUCCAAUUUAUCUCAUCUACAGUUCGUUUACAGUCAACAUGUCAAAAUCAGCACUUCAAAGUGCGGCAGAAACAUUUGUCAGCAAUAUGACGUAUCUAUUGAUUUACUUAGGUUUUUCAUUAACAUUUACGAAUUUCAUGAUUUCAUCGGAUAUAUUUCGCCGUGAGUUUGCUCAAAUAUUACGAACGAAAAUACUUCGUCAAACUUCAAUAGCUAGGAUACCGGAAGGUGGCACCCCAGUUAGAAUGCUCCCUGUGAAUGAUGGAGAUCAUUAA